AUGUCAAAAAAUGAUAAAAAAAAAUUGAAUGAUUCAUCUUACAGUGGAGAUGAAGAUCGUUAUGAAAGUAGUUUAGGUAUAACAGAAAAUGAAAACAUUACUUCAAGUAAUAUAUUAGUGAAUUCAAUGAAAAUUGUUGAUAAUGAUUUUAAUAAAUUUAUAAAUAACGAAGAUUUAAAUUUUUCAGUAGAUUCUUCUUUUGAUUAUUCCAAUAGUAAUGCAACUAAUUUGAAGAAUAAAAAAGAUGAAGUAUCCCUUGUCGAAUUGAAUGAUAAGAAAAAAGAAAAAUACUCAGUUUUGAAAGAAAAAAAUAAAAAUGAUAAUUUGAAUUUAACAAAUUAUGAGCUUAAUAAAAAUAAUAAAUUAACAAAAAUAGCCACAUUAAUUGAUAAUAAUGGCAAUGAAAAAAAUAAAAUUCUUAAUAAAAAUAAGAAUCUUUACAAUAUAGAUAAUGAUCAAAUAAAAGACAAAGGUAAAAAUAAAAAUGAGUUAAAUAUAGAUAUUAAUAUAGAAAAUGAAGAAAUGAAUACUUUUGAAAAAGAGAAAAAUAUAUACGAACAUAGCCCAUUUUGCCAAGAAGGAUAUGCAAAUAGUAAUAAUCUUAAUAAUAACAAUAGUAUUAUUAAUAACAAUAUGAAUAAAGACCCCAUAUACUUAAAUGGAAAUAAUAGUGGUUCGAAUAUUGGUUUUUCUAAUCAUUUAGUUCAAAAAAAUAAAAAUUAUGAUAGAGUCAUUAAUUCGAAAGUUAAUGAUUUAUCUAUUUCUAAUGACUACUUAAAUAGUAGUUUAAUGUCAAGUAUGUUAUAUAAAGAAAAUGAAUUAUGUUUUAUUAAAUAUUUAAUAGUUUGCAAUUUUAAAAGUUAUGAAAAUGAAAACAUUAUAGGUCCUUUCUCAAAAUUUACUGCUAUAAUAGGACCCAAUGGUUCAGGAAAAUCAAACAUAAUGGAUUGUAUAUGCUUUGUUUUAGGUAUAAAUAAUAAAUAUUUAAGAAUAAAAAAUUUAAAAAACUUAAUAUAUCAUAAAGAAAAUGAGAAAAUAGAUAAUUUAAAUAAAAGAGAAUGCUAUGUAAAACUUAUUUUAGAAUGUAAUAAAGAAAAUGUUGAAAUUAAAAGAACUCUAAAUUAUAAAGGAGUAAACAAUUUUUAUAUUAAUGAUAAAUUGGUAGAUCAUAAAGAAUAUAUGAAUUUUUUAAGGAAAAAUAGAAUUGAAACCAAAACAAAAACAUGUCUAAUUUUUCAAGGAGAUAUAGAAGAAAUUAUUAAUAAAAAACCAACAGAAUUAUCUAAAUUAUUUGAGUACAUUAGCGGGUCAGAUGAAUAUGAACAAAUUUAUGAAGAUAUCAAAGAUAAAUUAAAAGAAAAACAAAUAAUAUGUAAGAAUUAUUUAAAUGAAAAAAAAAAAAUAGAACAAGAAUUGAAAAUUCAUAAAAUUCAAAUGAAUGAAAAUGUAGAACAUAAUCAACUUAAGGAUGAUUACGAAAAUGAUAUAAAAAUAUUGUACUUAUUUCGUUUAUAUCAUUAUUUAAAAAAAAAAGAAAAAUUUAAAGAAGAUUUAUUAAAUUUUAAAGAAGAGAAAAUGGAAUUUGAGCAAGAUAUUUUAAGUAAAAAUAAAAAAAUUGCUAAUGAUUUAGAAAAAAAUAAAUUAAUUAAAAAAAAAGAGUUUUUAAAAUUAGAAGAUCAAAUAAAAAAUCAAAAAAAUCAAUUAAAUGAUCUCAAAAUACAUUUAAACGAAAUAAACGAAAAGAGAAAAUUUUGUGAGAAUUCAUUAAAUAAAGUACAAGCCAAUGAAAAAAUUAAAAAAAAUAUGGAAAAUCAUUGUUCUAAUUUUAUUAAUAAUUUAAAUCAUCAAAUAAAAGAACAAAAUAAAAAAUUAGAAGAUGAAUAUAGAAAUAAAUUAAAAAUUAACUUAAAAUUUUUCAAUAAAUAUGAUAACAUUAAAAAAUUUUUUAAACAAAAUUAUCCAAAUACAUACGAAUUACUUAAAGACGAAAAAUAUAUAAACAAAAUUAAUGUGAAUAAUUAUAAUGAUGAAGAGCAAUUUAAAAAUUAUAAUGUUAUUCAAUUAAUAGAAAACCUAGAUGACUAUAAAAAAUGCAAAGAAAAAUAUUUAUAUUUAUGUGCUAACAGUAAUAUAAAUAUAAAUAAUUAUUCCAAUUUAGCUUUUUCUUUAAAAAAAGACAUAAAAGAAUUACAAGAAGAAUGUGAUAAUUUCAGUAGGAAAAAGCAAAAAGAAAUUUUAGAACAUGAAUCGGAGAAAUUAUCUCUUGAUGAAUUGAAUGAUCGAAUAAAAAAAUUAAAUUAUUUAAUAGAUCAAGAUAAGAAAUGUAUUGAAAGUGAUAAAAAUAAAUUAAGGGAGUUAAAUAUGAGUAUAUCUAAUAAUGAAAAACAAAUAGAACAUUUAGAUGAAGAAAUUAAUGUAUUAAAUAUCCAUAAAAAUGAAUUAAUUUUUUUUGAAAAAAGAAAAGAAGUUAUAAAAAGUUUAAAGAAUAUGUAUGGUGAUGAUGAAAUAUAUGAUGAAGUUUCAAAUUUGUAUGAAGUUAGUAAUCAAUUGUAUUAUACUGCUGUAAAUAACGUUAUUCAUAAGUAUAAUAAUUUUUUAGUAGUUAAAAAUAUAGAAACAUGUAUAAAAUGCAUUAAAUAUUUAAAAGAUAACAAAUUACAUAAAAUGGAUUUCAUUCCAUUUGAAAAUUUUGUAUCUAAUUUGAAAAAAAAAAAAGAAAAAAAAAAUAUGAGCGAUAGUAUGAUGGAUGAUUCCAGUAUGUAUGUUAAUAGUGAAAAAUCCUCUUAUAAUAUAAUAGAUAAAGUUAUAAAUACGUUUAAAAAAAAAAAUAUUAUUUUAGCAAAUAACUGUUUAGUAUGUAAUGAAAAUUAUAAAAUUCUAUUUGAUUAUUUAAUUGGUACAAAUACACUGAUUGUAGAAUCUAUAAAAGAUGCAGAAGAUAUCAAAGAUAAGUUUCCUCAAUUAAAUAUAAAUGUAGUUACAUUAAAAGGGCAUAUUGUUUCUAAACACAAUAACUUAAUUAUUGAUAUUUCGUCAAGAUAUGCAGAUAAAGAAAAAUAUAAUAACAGAAGAUUAAAUAUAAAUCUAUAUAAUAAAUUAGUAAACGAAAAGGAUAUGUGCAGAAAUAAUAUUAAUGAAUGUAAUAAAAAAAUCAUUGAAAUAAAUGAAUCAUUAAGUAAAAAAAAUAGUGAAUUAGAAUUAAAUAAAAAAAAAAUAUCUAGUAUUUUAAUUAAAAAAGAUAUAUUUGAAAAAGAAAUUGAAGCAAAAACAAUGGUUAUUAAUACAUACGAAGAAAAGAUUUCUAAAUUAAAAAAUAUCGAUAUUAAAAAUAAAAUGAAUACUUUAAAUAAUUAUGAAAAUGAACUAUUAAAAGAAAGAAAUAGCUUAUCUUCCUUCCAAAAGGAUUCUUUUGAAAUUUUAAAUAAUAAAUUCAAAGUAGAAAAUAUUUAUGAGGCUAUUGAAAAUAAUGGAAAAGAAAUUGAAAAAAUUAAUGAAAAUAUAGACAGAAUUAAAAAUAAUAUAAAAAAAUUGAAUGAUGAUAUUAAUGAGUUAUUAGAUAAAAAGAAUGAAAUUAAUUUAUUCCAUAAAAAAGAUAAAGUUUUGAAAGAGGAAGAUAUUAAAAAAGAAUUGGAUGAUUUAAAAGAAGAAGAAAAUGACUUUAAUAAUAAAAUAAAUGAAAUUAAUGUUGUUAUAAAUAAUUUAGAAAAUCACAAGUUAACACUUCUUAAAGAUUUAAAUCAAAUAAAUCAGGAAUUAAAUGAUUUAAGAGAAGAUAUAAAUAAUAAUUUCGAAAAGUAUGAAACUAUUGAAAAUAAAAUUGAAAAUUCUCAAAAAAAAAUUGAAAUUUAUAAGAAUUUUAUAAAAGACUUAAUAAAUGAGUGCGAUAUAAAUAGUAUAAAUAUAUUUAUGACUAAUAACAUAUUAAAGGAUAUUGAUGACGAACAUGAUGAUUGUCAUGAAAAUAAUAAUAAAAAAAAACGAAAAAAAAAGAAAAAACAUAUUAAACAAAAUAAUAAAUAUGAAAAGAGAAAAAGUAAAUUAUUAGAAGAAAGUGAAAAUGAAGAAAAUAAUACUUCUUCCACAAGUAAUGACACUACAGAAGAUACAGAAAAUGAGGAGGAAGAUGAUGAUAUUUUUUUAUCAAAUGUAUCAUUUGAUAUUUUAUCUGAAGAAUUAAAAAAUCUAGAAAAUGAAAAAGAUAUAAACAAUGAAAAAGAAAAACUGGAGAAAGAAAUAGAAAAAAAAAAAAAGUUUUUAAAAUUAAGAAAUGUGAAUAGCAAUGCAGAAAAGGAAUAUGAACAAUUAGCAGAAAAAUUAAAAGUAGUAGAUGCAUCAUUAUCACAAGAGAGAAAAGAAUGCAAUUUGUUUGAACGAAAUUUUCGCAUAUUACAAAAAAAAAGGUCUUAUAAAUUUUUACAUUGUUUUAAUUAUAUAAAAAACAUUAUAGAUAAUGUAUAUAAUAAUUUAACAUAUAAUGUAAAACAUCAUGUUGGAGGUCAAGCAUUUUUAGAUUUAUGUAAUUACAAUGAAUUUAAUAAAGAUGAUGAGCCAUUUUAUUGUGGUAUUAAAUAUAACAAUAUGCCACCAAUGAAAAGAUAUUUUGAAAUAUCUGAAUUAAGUGGAGGUGAAAAAAGUAUAAGUGCAUUAGCAUUAAUAUUCUCCAUUCAAAAAUAUAUAAAUAACUCUUUUAUCAUUCUUGAUGAAGUUGAUGCUAAUAUGGAUCCCCUGAAAAUUAGUUCUCUUACAAGAUAUUUAAAUUCUAUUAAUAGCCAAGUUAUUGUAAUAUCUCUGAAGGAAAAAUUUUUUAGUAAAAGUCAAACAUUAAUUGGUGUAUAUAAAAAUAAACAUAAAAAAUGUUCUAAGACCGUUACUUUAGAUAUAAGCAAAUAUCGUCAAGAUGUAAUAAAUAAUUAA